AUGGUAUUUAACUUCAAUGACGAUGACUACAAUUUUAUUUACGGUGUUGUGGACGAGUUAUGGGCAAAUGUAUUAAAAGUUGUGUCUCAAAGAACAUUAGAUGAAAAAGAAAUACAAUUUAUAAGCCGUUGCAACAUUAAUGCCAUAUUCCGAUUAUUUAAACUCCCGUAUCCUCGUGUCGAUGACGGAGAUGUGUGUGCACAGUCACAUGUAUUUUCAGAUCCCCCAUCUCAAAGUGGAAAAGUUGUCUUUACUUCCACAGUAAUUAAAGAAGUUAAAAAAAUGCCUAAAUUAAAAAUAAAUAAACGCAACAGACACUAA